UGACGAUUCCAAUCGGGAACGCCCACUAGAAGUGACGCUAUCACUUCGUUACAGGAAAUUGAAACGCUUGCUUUGUUUAUGCUGGGGAGAGAGAGGAGAGACGAGUACGGCGACUUCUGAUUUUACAACAUUUAAUCACCUUCUGUUUAAAGUAUUACGUUGGGUUAAUGAUUUCUAUAUUUUUGUUCGUUUAUUACCUGCACUGACUUGUGAAACUCAGACCAUUUUCUGUUUUAUUUAAGAAUUCAGACAGACUGGAGCGUGAACGUUACUCCUUGCAAAAGUAAAACGAGUCUGCUGUUUGUUUUCUUUCGUUAUCACGCAAAAAGAAGUGCUGGUUUUAUAUAAAUGUUAAUUAUCAAGUAAAAAAAAAAUUCUGCUACACGAGUGUCAAACUGAAACCAGUGAAGAUGGACGUCAGUGUCUCCGUGUCGUUCUUUCAAGACGAGCUCGCCUCUACCAUCGAGCACGCAGUGAAAGCGGCUGUAGACACCGUCUUGUGCCAAAUCACAAAAGUUGUCGGCGGCAGAUUCACUGAAUUCCGAAUGGAAAUGGCUGGAAAGGAGAAAGAGAAUGAAAGUCUGAAGCUGAGAUUGGAAAUAUCAGAGAGCGAGUUGAAAGCAGUGCGGGAAUGCAUGAACGCUGCAGAUGCAGACAUUAAACAACCUCUCAGAAACAUGAACCCCGACUGCAAUGAACAAGACUUUCAGAGGAACGAGAACCAGGGGUUAUUUCAAGAUCCCAAAGAGAGUUGUGCUUUACCUAAACCUGAAGCGCCAAGAAUAGAAGCAGUUUACACACAAGAGGAGCCCUUUGACCAGGAGUGGUGUGCAAGUCUAAAGCAGGUUACAGAGCCGACAUCUUUUAAAGAUGAAGAGGUUCCUCAACUGGAGUGUGUUACUAUUAAAGAGGAAUUCUAUGAACAGGAAUGUGUCCCCAUCGCAGAGGAAGUUCCUACUGAAAAUAAUGUCUGUACACUUGAGGAGAACAACCAGCUGGGAUCCAGCCUGUGUGAUGAUUGUCCACCUGAAUGUGAACUGGGAUUUAGAGCUUGUAUCUCAUCUAUAUCCAUGUCUGGGGCAGACGAGAAUGGUUUCGGAUCGCUUUCUUCACCAGAAUGAAUUUCUGAAACCAUCUCAUCUCGGGCGCAUCCAUCUUUGUUUUGGUGUGCUUCAAACAUGGACAGCUUCAAAAGUUCAAAUGUGAACACACGUCAUUUCCACUUCCAGGUCAUAAGUGAAUCCCUUAAUAGUAUACGGAAGACUGAUCUGAGCGUGUUGAUGCGAUAAUGAUUAUUGCAGCGCCUGAACAAAAACACGGGCGUUCCAGUAAUCUACAGGACGGGCGUUCUGGGGUUUAGAGGGUUAAUAAUCAAAGUGAUAUUCUCAAGCAUUUGUCCUUAUUGGCACCCAUUAUAUUCAACCUGGCAAAUCUCAAUGUGAUGAUAAUAAAAGGAGGCUGGUAUUAACAGGAGUGAUAUUA